GCAGAGUACGGAAAGACAUGUAUAACGACACAUUAAAUGGUAGUACGGAGAAGAGAAGUGCAGAAUUACCAGAUGCUGUGGGACCUAUUGUACAGUUACAAGAGAAACUAUAUGUGCCUGUAAAAGAAUAUCCAGAUUUUAACUUUGUUGGAAGAAUCCUUGGGCCCAGAGGACUAACAGCUAAACAGCUUGAGGCAGAAACAGGAUGCAAGAUAAUGGUCCGAGGGAAGGGCUCAAUGAGGGACAAAAAGAAGGUCUCCUUUAAGAGCAGAGACAACCACGAUCCAGCAGUUUUGGAGGUAGAGGAAGAGCAGAACCGAGGCAAGCCCAACUGGGAACACCUGAACGAAGAUUUACAUGUCCUCAUCACUGUGGAGGAUGCUCAGAACAGAGCAGAAAUAAAACUGAAGAGGGCUGUUGAAGAAGUAAAAAAGUUACUGAUACCUGCA